UGAUGGGUGACUACUAUUAAGGUGAAUAUAUCUAGUAAUAUCUUUGCAAUAUCAAUUUAAGAAAAAAAGUAAAGACAUAUACUUAGAAUUUAUUUAGAUUAAGGAACUUCUUAAAGAGAAAACUGAAAUACUUUAAAAACUUGAACAAUUAGAAGUAAAAAUAUAACAUACUAUAAUUAGAAAGAUGGAAAUAACUAGUCAUUUGAAGAAAGGAAAAAAAGAUUGAGAAGUCUAGCCAGUGAAAUUUAACGCAAUUUUGAAUGUCCAUUAUCAAGAUGUGGUAAGAAAUAUGGGUAAUAAUAAUAAUAUUAUAUUUAGAAGUGAAGGUUCAUUAAACUAACAUAUAAAACUCAAGCAUCCUGAAUUAGUCAAUAAAUCUUGA